GGGCCGCGGGCAGGGGGGCGGCGGGCAGAGGGGGACAUGAGACGGUUCACACAGACUGUUCCUUUUACAGGAAGACUUGGGAUUGCGACCAGCGAGCGGGAGGAGGCGGGGGGGCCUGGGAACCUGGGAGCGCCGGCGCGGCCGCGUAAUCCGUCACUCCUGGGAGAUGUCUCAUUAACCCAUUAACCAGGGAGGCUGGGGACGUGCUGGGAGCAGAGCGAGGCGGCAGCCGGGGGUGUGAAAGGCAGAGCGGGGCCGGGGGAGGAGCUGGGGAGCAGACGGGGCGAGCUCCGCGCUCAGCCCGCCGCGGGACCGCGCCGCGCUCCGACACGCGUGGGGCUCCGAACACGCGUGGGGCUCCGCCGAGCGCCCACCCCGCGCCCCGUUCCUUGGCGGAGCCGCUCCCAGUCAAGAUGAAGCGUCUGUGCGAGGAGAGCUCGUCGGACACCGAGUCGGACGGCACCAUCGACGUGGGCAAAGAGGAGGAGUACAGCCACGUUCCCAGGUCCGUGUCUCCCACCACGACGUCCCAGAUACAAGCCAGGAAGAAGCGCAGAGGGAUCAUUGAGAAGCGGCGCCGUGACCGCAUCAACAGCAGCCUGUCAGAGCUGCGGCGCCUGGUGCCCACCGCCUUCGAGAAGCAGGGCUCAUCCAAGCUGGAGAAGGCAGAAAUUCUACAGAUGACAGUGGAUCACUUAAAAAUGCUCCAUGCCACUGGAGGAGCAGGGUUCCUGGAUGCUCGUGCUCUGGCCGUGGACUACAGGAGCAUUGGCUUUCGCGAGUGCCUCACCGAGGUGGUGCGGUACCUGGGUGUCCUGGAGGGACAGAGCAGCGCCGACCCCAUCCGCCUGCGGCUCCUCUCCCACCUCAACAACUACGUGGCCGAAAUGGAGCCCUCCCCGACAGCCGCCUCGCUGCUCCCUGUGCAGACGUGGCCGUGGUCCUUCCUGCACAGCCCGGUGCCGGUGCCACGUCGGGAAGCUGCUCCCACUCCUCUCCUUGUGACUGCGUCCUACCCGCGCCUCGCCGCCAGGCCGGCCCCGGUGCGCCGCGUCCCCGCUGACAUGCUGCCGUCACACCGGGGGCCGCUGCCCGGCAGGAUGGCUUCCUCAGCCCGCAGGGCCCGCGGUGCCACCUCGGCUUCAACCGCAGCGGCCGCACCCCGGAUGCCGUCUCCGUCGGGAGCACUGAGGGGGGGCUCAGCCAAGGGCAGCCCCAUCUCCGCUCUGCUCUUCUCGCCCACUGGUGUCCCCCUGCCCGCAGCCUACGCUGCGCCCACGGCGCUGGGUGCAGCCGCGCAGGGACCCGUGCUCAGGGUGGGGGCGGCCCGGCUGUGCCGCUCCUGGGCCACCGAGAUCGGCGCCUUCUGAGCCCUCAGUGCCUGCUGCCCGUGGGCCACAGAGCGGAGCCGGCCGCCCGGGCGUCUCUCCUGCUUUGCGGAAGCCAAGGACCCAUCCAGAAGGUUCUCUUUGCUGUCCCCUUGCCUUGCUCCUCACGCUGCCUUCCUCACCUCACCAUCGCUCAUGCUCCCCCUCGCCGUGCCUGCAAGUGUCAGCACCAUCCGCUUCCACGUGUUCUCUGGGAUGGGGGGCACUGCAGACCCCAGCCCUCCUGCAGGGCCUGAUGCUGCUCUCCAGCCUGGAGCUGCUGCCUUAUCUCCUUGGGGACUCGGAGUUCCUGGACAGACUCACUUGGGCUGUGUCCCCCAGCUGCAGCACCCAGUUCCAGGGCCUUGGGAUGGGUGCUGCUGCCCCCAGCAUCGCUGGGCCCUGACUGCACUGUGCUCUCCUCGCUGCACCCCGACUUGUCCCACUCACUGCGGAGCACUGUGGGGCUCUGACAGCCCUCAGCCCACAGCCAAGUGUGAAAAGGUGAGAUGCAGGAUUUCAAAGGGACUCUGUGGGGAGAGGACAACUCUGGCACCAAUGUGAGAAGAGCAGCCCUUCCCUCUGCUUGUUGCCCUGCAGGGGCCAUCUCACCUCUUUCCCCCACGGAGAGUGCAGCGGGGAGCUGUUGGACCAGCAUUCCAAGUGCCUCCCAGUUUUCUCUUGGCCCUUCUCCUCCCACAGUGUCUGUUUUCUCUCUCCGGCACCGUGUUGAGGUCUCACGUUGCUCACCCCUGGACCUGGAGCAAACACCACGGUGUUGUGCCGCAGCCCUCGGCCAGCACUGGGUCUGCACUUAUCCCAUUCCCAAGAGCUUUUCCUGCCCUGCUGCAUGCCCCUGGAUAACCGGUGCUGCAGAACCACCCCUGCUCCUCUCCUCCCACCCCCUCUCCUCUGGGCAGGGAGGUACGCAAACCUGAAGAUCUCAAGUUCUGGGGCCACAUCCCCGCAGUGCUCAGGGCUGGGUGUCCCAGUGCUCGCCCUCCCCGUGGAACUGGAGCUGCCCUGCUCCCUGGAUCUGUGCCUUUGCUCACUGGGAUGGACCUGGCCCCAGCUGCACGCCCACCCCAAGGGUGUCCCCAGCUCUGCAGCUGUGGCACAAAAAGGAAAAUGCAGAGAGGUCAGCACAGUGGCGUAAAAGAGGGAGAAGCUCCCCCCUGGCAGGGAAUCUCCCCACACCCUGGGUGGAAGGCGCAGCGUGACAGGCUGCGCUCCCGCAGAGCACGUGGUGUGUGUACCACUGCUGCUCGGAGACUGAGUCCUCCUGGUUAUUCUGGUGAAUGCCACUGCACUUAACAUACAGAAACGCCUCUGCUGCUCCUCCUCACCCUUGUUCCCCAGUGCCAGAAGCAGCCAAGAACACGUUCCCUUGCAUUAAAGCCAGAGGAGGCCAUGGGCCUGGCUGUCCCUUGGCUGAUCAGUGUGCCAGAGCUGCAGCAAGCAGCCCGGCCUCACUCUGUUAGUCACAGCUGUGACUUCCAGCAAAGGUGUUAAAUAAAGUCUUUCCAACCCCUG